UUCAGUAGCCCGACGUCCGCCUCGCAAGAAUCACCCAGACUUAUUUCACUCACCAAAAUACCCCCUUUUUAAGAGCUAUUUCCUUCCAUUUCUCGAGUCUCUGCUUUACUCUUAUUCUCUUCUUCCCCUUAUUCUUGUCUUUGUUAUCUUUCGCGUCUGUAUUUAUCCGGAAAUUACAACGAAUGUGAUUUUUAUAACGAUUUUUAUUUUUCUCUUUUUUUCCCCCUUCCUGAAGUGACACAACGAAUUAGAUUUUUUAAAAUCUAUAUUUGUCUCUUUUCUACAUUUCAUUAUCUCCCCUUCUCUUCUGUCUCUUCCUUUCACCUCUUCCUCUCUUUGUGGGGGAAAAAAAAAAGUGUGAAAAAUGGAUUUGAAGAAAUUGGCAGGUCAGGCGGGCCAGUUCCUCACCAGGGCUGUUCAGUACACUGAAGAAAAACUGGGCAGUGCUGAGAAGACAGAGCUGGAUGGCCACUUUGAGUCCCUGUCGAUACAGUCGGACUCAGCGCGGAUAUGGACCGAGAAACUGGUGGCAGGAGCAGAGGCAGUGCUUAUCCCCAACCCGGGAAACCGUGUUGAAGAUAUGCUUUUUGAGAAAAUCGAGAAGCGCCGUCCAAACAGACUCAGCAACCUCGAGUACCUUGGCCUGGAUAUGGUUCAGGCGGGCAACGAAUUUGGUCCUGGGACAGCCUAUGGUUCAGCACUCCUGAGAGUAGGAGGAGCCGAACAGCGUCUGGGCCUAAUUGAGAGGGAGUUCAUUAGCAAUGCCGUCCAAGGCUAUGUGCAGCCUAUGAGGAAGUUCCUUGAUACGGAGAUGAAGACCAUAAUGCGUGAGAAAAGGCUGUUGGAGACCAAGAGACUUGACUUAGAUGCUUGCAAAAGUCGCCUCAGAAAAGCUCGGUCAAUGGAUGGGCAGUCAGCACAAAAGGAUGCCGUGGACCCCAAAGUAUUGGUUGCGCAGGCGGAGGCAGACUUGAGAAAGGCCCAGGCGGACUUUGACAGGCAGGCCGAAAUUACGAAACUGCUUCUGGAAGGUGUCAGAUCUUCGCAAGCUGCCCACUUGCGCCACCUGAAUGAAUUGGUUGAGGCGCAGGUGCGGUAUUAUGAAGAAUCCCACAAAGUGAUGAUUGAACUGCAGAAAGAAAUGGCCAGCCUCUCCCUGAUACCCGAUGCCACUGUUGGUUCUGCUGUUGUCCCUCCCACUACAACAACAGCGACUAGCAAUGCUUCGGCUCCCACACUUACGUCAUCUGGCACUACCGUUGGUGUGGACGGAGAAGCUAAGAGUGUUGACGAAGGAGGCCCUUGGAGACGAGCGAAGGUGGUGUGUGACUAUGAUGCCACCAGCAAGGAUGAAAUGAGUCUGAUGAUGAAUGAGGUUGUCAUGUACAGCAGCAAGGACGGAGAGUUGGCCGACUUCGUAAUGGCAAAGCGUGGAACCCAGACUGGCCGCGUUCCCAGUGCUUACCUUGAGCCCAUGGACGACUGAGAAUUAACCACAGUCGAACUCUGUUAAUUCCCUUUCAACAGACCAUGAGCAAAUGGCGGCAUUUAUAACAUAGGUCUUCGCUAAUUUAAAGACUGUUAGGGGAUUUAAGUUAUUUGCCUGCUUGCUUGCUUCUUUAUUUGAGGAAGUUGGUUAACAGAGUUUGACUGAGGUUUCCCAAAGGUUUCCCUGAUACCACCUAAUUUCUCUUUAUGCUGAAAGAAAUCAUGCAUGUGAUUAUCUGUACUGUUUAUAUAACAAUCUUAAUCACUUGAUAAAUUUCUUAAUAUGACUGUCUUUCAAUACUUUAUCUUUGUCUUAUUCAUAAUCUCUUUGUGGUGCUUUGGUGCUGUCAGGAUGUGAUGUUUCUUUCAUGUAUUACACAUAAUUGUAAGGGAAGGAAAGAUACAAGAUUUUGUACCUGUAUUAAUAGUAGCAGUAAUGAAUUUUUCAUCCUUUUGGCUGGGUUUAGAUUUUUUGUAUUUUUUUAGUGUGUUUUCAAAUCUUGCUUUGGGAAUUGAGUGUAGUUUAGUUUAAUUCACCCUUUUUUUAUAUAAACAUUUCCAAAGAAUAGCAGGUAGCAGAGAGAUAUUAGAGUAAAAGGCAUUUUAUAUGGCUGAGUGCUAGAGAUUUAUCUUGUAAAUAGAUAGCGUAAAUAGCCUAGUCACAGGGAGAAAAUGUUUAUCAUCCUGUAUUCACUAUUACUUUAUUUCUUGGUUCUUUCUUAGUUUGUUGGUUUGAGUUACAAGUUCCUAUUUUGUCUAUCACUCUUUACUUUUCACAUAUUUAACACAAGGACAAAAUCAAACGGCGCAUCCCCUCCCUGAAGUAAUGUCUUAAAUACAAUCUUCAUACAAGUGUAUAAUACAAGUAGAAGAGGAUAAUUCUUUCCUCUUUUUUUUUCAAUGUUUUUAGUGGCAUUCAUGGUUUAGAGUGAAAAGCACUGAAAGGUCACAGUACACCUUCAGAUAAAAGUAUAUACAGUAUCUGUUAAUUAUGAUGAUUUCAGAAGUACUUGUGAAAGAUGGAAGUUGGAUGGAGAUUUGAGCUUUAUUUCUUCUUUUACAAUGUCCAGGUCUUUCUCGCCCUUUUUUUUCUCUUAGGAUAUUGUAUCACUUAAUCCGCUGAUGCUGGGAAGGCAUAUAUAUAGAUGCCUUGUUUGCUCUGAUUUUAGCUUAUUAAUUUUCUUAACUCAUAUAUGGUGUAACAAGUGCUGAGUCAUCAAGGAAUCAAUUACUAUGCCUACCUGUUCUUACCUGUUUAGCUAAUUUCCCCAAAUUUUUUGAAAGAAGAUUUUAAACUUUUUCAUAUUAUUUUGUCAAUAAUAUUGUUAUAAUAAUAAUAGUAAUGUCAGUAAUCAUGAUAAUAGUAAUAGAACAAAACCACUUUUUGGAAGAUUCAAAGAAUGGGGUUAAUCUAUGAGCUUACAUAAGCCUUAUAAUUGAUGUCUUGCUGACUUUGUGCUUGUGAAGCCACUUGUGUUUAAGCAAAAUUGACAAAACACAACUACAGUGGUCAGUGCAUAUACCUGGUACCAGUAGAUUAAAACAAAUAGUAUAACUUGGGAUUAAAGAACUUUUAGCUCGAGGGACUAGGAAUUGUUAUUAGUGCUGGGAAAUGUUUAGAGAAAAAUAUAUUGUUAGUACUUAUUAUAUCUUUGUUUUAUGAGAAAAAAUAUAUUUCACAGUUGUUGAA